GAAUUCACCCUGCUCUAAGAAAACAGGGAGAAGUUAAAUGUGAUCCAGUCCUAUAGUCCACAACUCCCCUGGGUUGAAGUGAUGACCCUGAAUAUGGAGGACAUUUGAAUAUGGACCUACACUGAACAAGGCUCUCUUUCUUCUCUCCAGCAAUGACUGGACAGCACAGCCCGAGGACUCAUCUUCAGCUCUCUGGAGAGUGAGGACAUCUUGCAUCCAGGACAGCUGCAGAAGACUCUGUUGCCCUUCUUCAAAGGACAGCCCCAGAUUCUGUGGGUGAAGAGGCCAAGCCGUCCUUAGUCUGGGAACAUCUGGAUCUGCACCCAGAGAUGACACCCAUGCAGUCCUCUUCUGGCCCCGAGUGUGGACUGACUAUUUAGUUGGAUGGUAUUGACAAGACAGUGAAGGGACUUGCAAAUUGAAUAAGGACCAGAGGCAAAAGCCAGCUCUGAGUGGAUUCUUUCUUUGAUCAGUUCUUCAUCUCUGGAGCACCAUCUAUAUUGGUGGUGGAAUGACAACCAUCAAUGAUCCUAGGAAGACUGGGAACAAAGGCAUUCGUUUUUACUGUAUCAGGAUUUGGAGUUUGUGAACUACAUUUUUGGCAGCAUAUUAAUGACUCCAUAUAAGUCUACAUCAUGUACUGAUCACUGCUCUGGAUACAUUAUUUGUACUUUAAGAUAAUUCAAAAAACAGAAGAAGCGUGAUUGCUUUCCAGUAGAUAAAAGAGUAAGUUUUUAAAAUGCAUAAAACCUAAGACAGCCAGUGGUGGAGAACGUCACCCACAUGAAGCUGUGUCAUGGCUGGCCAGGCAGCUAAGGAUGGGGCUGCAAUGGCAGUAGAGGGUCAGAGUGCAGAGGAGAACAAUGUCAGGUGCUAAGAAUUCUGCAUUUAGGGCUGGGCCUGGUAUAGCUCAGAGGGAGAGUUUCAAAGAGAGCACUGCAGCUUGGGGCCAGAGAAGGGAAAGGGGGACUAGGGUGAUAGAAGGGUCUGAGUCACUAGUCCCUCCCUCCAUCUACUGUCCCCUGUGCCUUGGGCAGGUGCAUGAGGUAAAGGAGGAGCGGGACAGGAGGGCUGAUAAGCCUCCUGUCCAGCGGAGUGAACUGGAGAAACACGUGGCCCUGCAGCCCCAAGCAGGGCCAUGCCUGGAACAUCAGCAGCUCCUGUGGGAGGUGCAGAAGGUGAAGAAGGAGCUGGAGGGCGCCUUGGGGCAGCUAAAGGAAGAAAACCUGGCUCUGCGGAACAAAAUGAGGCAGCAGGAGGAGCGCCUUCUGCAGGUUGACACCAGGGCAGAGCUGUGCUCUGUGCAGGCAGAAGAGCACAAGAACAUCGUGCACAACAUGGAGGAGCAGCAGGAGAUGAUUGAGGCCUUUGGGCUUCAGAACUGCCUGAUAAAGGAGCAGCUGGCCCAGAUGCAGGACAGCUUCCAGAGGCUGAGAGAAGAGAACACCAAUAUAGUAACCACCCUGAGCUCAGAGCAGCUCAGAAACAAGGAGGUGACUUGGAAGCUGGGCCAGCUGCAGGAGGAGAUCACACAGCUCAAGGCAGUGGUGGCGCUGAAGAGCCAGGAGGCCCAGGAGCUGCAGCAGCAGAGAGACCAGCUGCUGGGCAUCCUAUGCCACAGAGCUGAGGACUGUUUACACCUGGCCUCUGAAAAACACGCUCUGCAACAUCAGCUUCUUCAGUCGUUUAAACAAGCGGUGAAUGUACAUCUGAAAGACCUGGAAGACCACAAGGCCCUGGUUAGCCUUUACGAAGACCUGAAGACCACCCAGGAGGUCCUGUCAGCUUCCAAGCUGCAGAAGCAGCAGACAUCCUCGCCUGAAGUUGUGGCACUGCCCGGGGAAGGGGAGGUGGAGGAAAGAAAACUGGAGAGUCCUCAGCCCAAUAGCACCAGUCCUGAAGACGCGAGAGGCUCAAAGGCUGCGGUGUCACAGGAAAAGGCAGAGAUUAAGGAGGCAGUGGAGGAGCUGGAAUGUCAACGCAUGCUGCUCUCUGCAGAGCACACUGCGAUCUGCCCCAAACUGGGGACAAACCUAACAGUGAGGCAUUGUGAGGAGGAGGACACACAACAGGAGGAGGAGGAAGAACAAGUGAAGGAGGAGGAGGAAGGAGUGGAGGAGGAGGAAGACAAACACAUGCAUGAGAAGGAGGAGGGGAAUGAACAAGUGGAGGAAGAUGGACAAGAGAAGGAGGAGGACAAACGAAUGGAGGAUGACAAGAAGGAGCAGGAGAAGCACGAGGAAGAGAAGGAGGAGGUGGAUAAACACGUAGAGGAGGAAGAGGAGCAGAAGAAGCAGGAGAAUGAGGAGGAGGAUGGAGUGGAGGAUGAGGAGUACUGGAACCAGGAGGGGGAGGAGGAAGUUGAACUAGUGGGAGUGGAGGAGAAGGAAGAAGGAGAGGAAAAGGAGGAGGAGGAGCUGGAAGGGGAGGAGGAAGUGGAAAUGGAGGAGGAGGAGCAAGAGGAGGAGCAAGAGGUGGAGGAGGAGGAGAACAAGGAGCAGGAGGAGGAGGAAGAGCAGCAGGAGGAGGAUGAACAUACCCCACAGCUAUUCUCAGUGAAGGGAGAGGAGCAGGAGGUGGUUCUCUGCCCUCAAGAAGACUGCAGGUCUUGUCAGGGCGAGUUUCAGGGCUCUGCACAGAGCCAUGGUGAGGAGCCCACUGUGGGAUCCCCACACUCCAAGGAUGUUGCAGCCUCAGAUGAGCAGUGUGGUCCUGCAGAGGGGAGCCCCGCACACACUGAACAGCCUCCAGUUGAAGAAGCUGUGGUCAAGUGCCCCCCAGAACCCCAGCUGCUAGAGAAUGAGAAUCUGCACAGAGCCCUGGCUUGGGCCUUCACCCCUGAGUCAGUGAUUUCUGCUUUGGAACAGCACUGAGGAGUAGGAAAACAUAGAACCCAGUGCCCUGUGCCCUCUUUCCCCCAUUCAGUCCCUGCUUCCCUGUCCCUCCUCUCCGACUCUCUUCCUGUCAUGUCUAGAGGAGUCAGAAAAACUCCACCAAUUCAUUUCUUCCUAGAGAUAUUUGAACUCCAACAAUUAUUUAAAAUAUCAAAAAAUGUGUUUAUUUCAAUAGAAAUGAAAAAAAAACCCGAGAAAAAUAUUUCAAUAAAAAAUUUAAAAGUUUUAAAA